AAUGCAGCUUGUUCAAAUUUAAAGGCCCCCUUGUGGCUCCAAAGGUUAGGGAGUAGCGCGAGGGGUUUUGCCCAAGGACCCACCCUGGAUGAAGCUCAUCGUGCCCCAUAAGAAUCGAACCCUGAUUUCCCGUCCCAGCCAACUGAGCCAUCCAGUCGCCCAAAGUCAAGAGCAACAUCAGUUUGUCAAACACAGAUAAACAUGAGAGUGCUUCCACUGCCCUGGCCAGACUCUGGAGAGAAAGAGAUCAGUUUGACCAGCUUCCUCUGACAAAUGAUGCUGCGGAAAAAAACUGUUAAGAUAACAGCAGAACUUAAUUGCUCACCAAAGACAGCAAGAGCAAUCACGAUGGCUUUGCCUUUGCUGCCAACUGGUGCCAUCUGUAUCCUUGCCCUGUUCUUCUCUGCUUCUGCGCUGCCACCAGUUGAGCCCCCAUUAAUCCAUGACCACCCAUUUGUGGCCAUUUGGAAUGCUCCUACCGAACAGUGUCAACGGCUCGACAUUCCUCUAGACACUGCAGCCUUCCAGGCAGUGACUACACCCACAAAUAGGCCAGGUCAGUUCCUUACCAUCUUUUAUGAAGACCGUCUUGGACUUUACCCUAAAGUUGACACCAUGAAGCGUAAAAUAUACAAAGGCGGCAUUCCCCAAAAUGGCAACCUGACUGAGCACCUUAUAAAGGCUCGGGGCCAAAUAGAUCACUAUAUCUCCCAAGACUCCUCUCCUGGGUUGGCUGUAAUUGACUGGGAGUCCUGGCGUCCACUAUGGGACCAGAACUGGGGUUCAAAACGUAUUUAUCAGAAGUUAUCAAUAGCUCAUGCUCUGCAUAUUGCCCCAUUUUUACCAUUAACACAGACUUUUAAACUUGCAAAGAGACUAUUCCAACAGGCUGGACGAACCCUCAUGGAAAAAACAAUUAGCCUUGGCAUUGGUAAACGCCCAAGCCGCCGCUGGGGUUUCUACCUUCUUCCUGACUGCUUCAACUACGGCUGGGACAAGUCAAAUUAUACAGGCAAAUGCUCAGUGAAGAUCCAGAAGCAGAACAAUCAGUUGCUUUGGCUUUGGGAACGAAGCACUGCCCUCUUUCCAUCUGUUUACCUCCACAAAAGCCUGAGGAAUUCCCCUCGGGCAGCCUUGUUUGUUCGAAAUCGUGUCCAGGAGGCAAUGAGGGUGGCAGCUCUUCCCAAACGUCCGUACAUGGUGCCAAUCUAUGUCUAUUCCAGGCCACUGUAUCGAGAUCAGACCCAGUUGUUUGAGAGUCAGAUGGAUCUCAUCAGCACCAUUGGGGAGUCUGCAGCACUGGGGGCCUCAGGGGUUGUAAUGUGGGGUGGCAUGAAGGACUACAACACUAAGGUUUCCUGCCAGUCUCUGUCAGAGUUCCUAAAAUUCACAUUCAACCCAUACGUUGCCAACGUGACGGCAGCCACCAUGCUUUGCAGCCAAGUCUUAUGCCAGGGAAAGGGCCGCUGCACCCGGAAGAACUACAACUCCCCAACUUACCUUCACCUAAACUCCAAUCAAUUCCGUAUAUUUCGGUCGGGAGAGAGGUAUGUGGCAGUCGGUCAGCCAUCUGCGCAGGAUCUCAAUACCUGGGCUGCAAACUUCACCUGUCAGUGCUAUGCUGGGUGGAGCUGCAAGCCGAAGCUUCUGUAUCCAACUUCAAUCAAAGUCAUCAGGGUUUAAGUUUUGGGGGGAAAAACUGCCCUUCAGCAUGAUCGCUUUUGUUGCUCUUUUUUUGUGGUAAUUUUUCAUUAAAUAAAGGAAAAACAUGUUUUGCUUCAUUGGCUUUCAAGAUGUAGUAGAAAAUGAAAAAUAUUAAGUUUAUACAAAUAAAUGUACAUCAAUCAUUUUGUAUGUAUAUGUCAGAUUUCACAUCUGUGUAAGUGUUGCAUCAGUGUUUUGUUUGCUUUGUUAAAUCUAUUUUAUCAGAGUAUUUUGCAUUUACCUAAUCAAACUACGUCACUCAGUAUUUGUUCUUCUUGCUAUAGUAUGUUUAUUAUUAUUUGUUUUCAACAGUUUUUUCUUAAUAAAGAAAUAAAUAUG